AUGAUUAACUUGUUGGAUCAGUCGCUGCUUAAUCCAAAAACACGUUACCAACUGCUGGCAUCUACUAUAGUGAACAUUCUCACAUUUGGCCAUGGCGUUGGAAUUGGUUGGCUGUCGCCGGCACUAACAAAAAUAGAAUAGCCCGACACUCCCCUCGACUUUCAAAAGGGGCAUCGAUGAGAUAUCCUGGCUGGGCUCCAUGCUGGGCUUGGGCAGCCUCGCUGGGAAUCUGACUAUAGCAUUUUUUCUGGAAUGAGUUCGCCGAUAGUACAAUUCGGGGCUCAUUGACAUCUAUGGUAAUGUUAUCUGUUAAUUCUGGAGUACUCGUUGGCUACAUAAUGAGCACCUAUCUGGCUUAUCACACAUUUCUAGAGUACUUUAUUGCAAAUCUUUUUCUGCCCGAAACUGCGGCAUAUCUUUUAAAACAAAGUAAACUGAAUGAAGCGGAGAGAUCUUAUAGAUACUAUCAAAAUCAGCGGCUCUCCGAUGCGGACUUUGAGGAGCUGCGAUCGGCGAUAGAUGCUCAACAGACACAAAAUAAAAUAGCUCUGACUUAUAGGGAUUUAAUUACCAGUCCAGCACUUAAGGGCUUAAGGACAUCGACCAUACUUGUACAUAUUGUUGGACAUCGCAUUCUCAUUUUGAUCUCCACUUUGGGCGUUGCCUUGAGCUGGAUUACCUUCGGAUUAUUCACUUACUUAGCUCAACUGUACGAUCUGAACGAUCAAAACUGGCUGCCGUUGAUGCUGAUGAUACUCAUCAUUUAUUUGGGAAAUGUUGGACUUAUCGGAGUGUUUUUCGUGGUACUAGUGGAGCUGUUUCCGGCGAAGAUACGUUCUCUAGGCACAUCCAUCUCAGUUGUGUUUCUGAGUGUUUUAAUUUUUUGCACAUUAAAAUUAUUUCCACUUUUGUUGCAUUAUUAUGGCAUACGGGUUUCGGCUGCUUCCAGCCUCUUAACAUUUGUAUACUUUUUGUUUUUCUUGCAAGAGACUAAAGGCAAGUCUAUGGUUGAGGAUUGAGUUGUGU